AUGUUGCCACGAUCAAAAAGCGGAGAACCCUAUCGUUUGUUGAGUGGCUAUUGUCCGGAUGAUCAUUGUAAAACUAAACUAUAUUUCCCAGCUUGGGAUAGCAGUAUAGAGUGCACUGGGUGUGGCCAAAGACAUGAGAAAUCCUCUAUAGUUAACAUAGAGCAAGUGAAUGAUCCUGAAGUGGCAUUACACAAUAUGGUUCGAAAUGUAUUGCUAGGUAAUGUUGUACCUAAGAAAGGAACAGACUCGACUCGUGUCCUAGGAUUAUCCAAUUACCACUGUAAAUUACUCAGUCCAUUGUUGACUUAUUAUGGGAUGGAUAAAGGUGGUAAAGCUCAGAAGCUGCAAAGUCUUAAUCGAGGAGAAACCUUUGAUUGCGCAAUACUUGGUGACCGGGCAUUUCAGAUCAGUCCAGAGCAUAUUGAUAUAAGCGGAUAUGGAAGAGAUCAAACAGGAAGUGUUAAGUAUCUACAAGAAACUGUUGAUAUGAUUGACCGUUUCAACGAUCCAAAAGGAGAGUUACUCAUACCAUUACAUGCUGAUGGUGAUGGGCACUGCCUGGUGCAUGCUGUAUCAAGAUCUCUGAUUGGCCGAGAGUUAUUCUGGCAUGCAUUGCGUGUGAAUCUCAAGAAACAUUUUGAGAUGUACCUGGAUAAGUAUAAGUUGAUAUUCUGUGAUUUUAUUGAUAUCAAUGAAUGGAGUCUGAUUGUUGAUGAGUGCGACCCUGACUUUGUUCCCUAUGAUACUGAGCCAAUAGGACUUCGAAAUAUCCAUAUCUUUGGGUUGUGUAAUGUGUUGCAUCGUCCAAUCAUCUUAUUGGACUCCUUAAGUGGGUUGCAGAGCUCAGCUGAUUAUUCAGGUAUAUUCUUACCUGCAUUAGUGCCGCCAGACAAGUGUAAAGGAAAAGAUGGUAAACUUAACAAACCAAUAUGUAUAGCUUGGAGUAGUCCUGGAAGAAAUCAUUAUAUUCCAUUGGUGGGGGUCAAAGGUCGACCGUUGCCUAGGAUACCAAGAUGGAUGAUUUCUAAGGCUUGGGGUAUGCCACAAGAAUUGUUGAACCAGUAUGUGGAGUUUGACAAGGAUGAUAUGUGUACCAUUGGAGGAGAAAGAACCCUUGGAGAUAAAUACAUAGAGAGACUUGCUAAUGCCAUGGAGGAAGUUUUCAUGGAUAAUUAUCAUGUACAUCCCAAACUUGUAGCUGAUAUGCACCAAUAUGUCUAUAAGAGGUCAGGUAUUGUCGGAGUGCAGACAGAAAUUGUAACAGAAGCCACGCGGAAGUCAGUUAGUGAAAAGCGGUUAUACAGAUGCUUGACAUGUGAUGCAAUAACGGAGUUCACCGUUUCACCCGAGUGGUUCAUUAGAGGAGGAAUGUUAUAUGCUUUGGCAGAGAACACACAUGGAAAAUUACAACAUAACAAGAAAUACUCAUUCCCAUUGCAUGGUUUGAUUUGUUCAUAUGAUCCAGUAAAAGAUGAAUUGGUUCCUGAUUUGUCACAUAGUACAUUAACACAGUGCUCUUGGUGCCAGGGCAACUCAGUGCGUCUAGUGAAUGGUGAUGGUAGUAUUGUCUACAAUAACGGUGACAGAACAAAGACUCCAGCACCUGAUACACGAUGUAACUGUGGAUUUAAGCACUACUGGGAUGGGACAGAGUAUGACAAUCUGCCUGAAAAUUUGCCCGUGGAACUGACAUGGGGUGGUAAAACAGUUAAAGAAACUGUGUAUUGGUUCCAGUAUGAAAGAGACACAAGUCUGAAUAGUAAUGCAUAUGAAAUUGCAUCUGCUUUGGUACAGAAGCAUUUUCCCGGUGAAUUUGGCAGUGAGAGGCUUGUGCAGAGUGUUGCUGGAACCAUACUUAAAAUGACUGCCAAGAAGGAAGAGGAAUACAAGCCGAUUAGCUUGGCUGGAAUGCAACCACCUGAAGAACCAUUUACACCUGACUUGAGUCAACCUACAAGUCCCAGGCUGUCUGCUUCAUCGCCAAAUCAGUUGUCACCAAGGAAUUUGCAUGAAAAGACUCCAUCUAAGAUAAUAUUGACAGGAUUCAAGAGUAAAACCUUUCAUAAAGAAGAACUGACUUUAAAUGAGAAAGAGAAAGAAAUAAAACAGAGAGUGGAAACCAAUGCACCUUUACAGCAACGACGAGCCACUCUUGAAGAAGAAAAAAGAAAACACCAAGAGGAAUGGAGGGCAAAACAACAACAAGCUGCUAAAAAAGAAGUGCAUACAGCUGGGAAAAAGGGACCAAUAGAGGAAGAAAAAGCACAAAGCCUGCCCCCAACCAAGCCAACUGGUAAAAAGAUAAGGGUUUCUACAUCAGAUGGUAGACAGUCUAUGAUGUCUUUGGACGUUGCUAUUACAUACCAACAACUGCAGGACAAGAUUGAAACAGAAUUGAAUGUACCUAAAGAGAGACAGAAAAUCAAGUAUGGCUUCCCGCCUCGAGAAUUGAAACCAGCAGACGUAGGAAAAGACGGUGACACUGUGCCGUUACAGCAUGGUGAUAAAGUCAUGGUAGAAAUACUUCCAGACCCUAAUCAACAAAAAGAUCCCCAGGAAAUGGAUACGCAGUAUGAAUCAUCCCAGCAAACCAGACAAUCAUGGACUGGUGGUGAAACACUACAGCAGUCUGUACCUACUGAUGAUAUGAUGCAGAGUUUAGAAAAUUUAUCACAAGAUUUCUCAAUGGCAUUGAUGGCAACUAUAUCAGGAUCUGAUCUCUGGACUUAUGUACAGAACAUGCCACAGUUGUUUGCACGAGGAGGACUGUUUUAUAGACAGGUGGAACGAGAUCUGGGAUUGGCUGAUAACAAGCACUGUACGUUGCCAACACUACCAAGUAAGACAUUUAGAUUCAAUGCCAAAGAAGACCGAUUAGAAUUAUGUCUAGAGCCAAUUGGUCAUUUCCCAGUAGCCCCAGGAGUGGAUGAUCCAAGUGUUCUGUCCAGAAUUGCAACUGAGAAACUCAGUACUACCAGUGCUGCUAGUAGUGACCAGGGGCAGGUGUUUGGUCGUAUAAAAGCUGGAGGCAGUGGAGUGGUCAAACCAGGUAGUGCACGAGAGAAAUCAUCUACUAUGGUAUUUACUGGCGAGGCACAUACCUUAUCAGGCAGUACUAGCAUUGAAGCAUCUAGAACUGAAACAACCAGAGGACUAACUGCAACUGGUGUAUCAAUGCAGGAAACACCUAUUACAUCAAGUGAUAGAAGACUGCCUGUAACUGCAGGUACAUCAGAGGUGUCAUCAACGAGUCUGGAAGCUUCCAAGGAAAAAGACAUGAAUUAUGGGAGUGCAGAAAACACCAGUAAAGUUGAGGAAACAGCACUACAGAGUGAAAACAUAGAAAUGAGCGAAGUGAAACUACAUCCUGAUGAGAAGUCAUCAAUUGAUGAUGAUGAUAUAACAGUCACUGAGUUAACAGAGAUAAUUGCUGAAGCAAAAGAAUCAGAUAUUAAGAUGGAAACAGUAGAACUUAUUGCUCCAGCAUCCCCUAUGCAGACAGAGAAGAGUCAAAUAGGAAUAAUCAAUAUACCUACAAAUACUGGUAUAUCAGAAGCCCUCACUAAUGAGACCAGUGAAAGUAGUCAUGCUGACUCUAGUGAUAGUACCACUGUAAGUGGUGCUGAUGGGAGACCUCUUGUUGCUAAGAAACUUGGACCUGGUUACACUGUAUUAGCCAGAGAGACAGACACUUCUGAAUCAAGACAAGCAGAUGCUGAUUCACUGCUACAUUCGACAGAACACAUGGAUUCAAGUUGA